AUAAAACAGACAUUUGAACUACUUUCCAUAUGCGUCGGCAUGGAUACUGAGCCACUGCCUUUUUGUUUUUGUUUAUUGUUAUUUUUAUAAUUGUUCAAAUUUAAAAAUGAAACGUUCUAAUAAAUGGAUUGCGUUUGAUGUCGACACCGAAGUGGCGAUGAAAUCAAAGGAACCUGCAGCUGCAAGCUUUACAAAUGUGGACACUCCAAAAAACCAUUUGCGAUUAAGUAACAGUUGUAGUAGUAUCAAUUUGAUUGAGAAACUAAAGCCGAAAACUGUUGACACCUUAGCCGUUCAUCCAAAGAAAGUUAAGGAGGUUUCGGAUUGGCUCGAACGUAACGUGAUUAAAAGACAAGUUGCGAGGGUGCCCGUUCUAGUUCUAACGGGGCCGACAGGUGCCGGAAAGACUGCAACUCUUGACGUAGUUUGCAGGUCGUUAAAUAUCAAUGUACGCGAAUGGAUUAAUCCUGUUGAUAAGGAAGUCGACGAAAGGUUUUACCAAGCACAGUCUGUGUGUUUUUUAGAAUUUUUUAGUUUGGCAAAGUACAAUUCGUUGUGCGACCAGGUUGGGGGUCACCAAGUGGCUUUAGUUGAGGAUUUUCCAAAUUUUGCGAUAAAUAACCCAACAGAGUUUGUGAAUGUGUUUGAGCGGUGCCUUGGUCAUCUUCCCGUGGUUUUUAUUUGUACAGAUGCCAGUAGCAGUAAACUGGAUUUAUUGCAGACAUUAUUUCCACAGGAAAUGAGGGAGAAAUAUCGUAUUGAAAUAAUCAGUUUCAAUCCAAUCUCAGCAACCCUCAUGAAGUCUGCUCUAAAACGAGCUCAAAGCUUUGUACAGAAGAAGUCUGAUUUGUUCCAUAUACCCACAGCCGAGGUUAUCGAAGCAGUAGUCAUAUCUGCCAUGGGCGAUAUACGUUGUGCCAUGAACCAGUUUGCUUUUGCAUGUCUAAAAGGUGUCGGAAGUAUUCCACUAGAAGCCAAUACAACAAUCCCUAAGAAACGCAAGAGGGGCGAGAAAACUGCAAUAAUAAAGUCUAUGGAGAGAGAUGAGACCUUAGGAUUUUUUCACGCUUUAGGUAGGGUGUUAAAUCCGAAACGCGACGAGUCCAGUCAACUAUUCAAGAUACAGUGUGACUUUGAGUCCCUAAUCGAUCAAUUUAGUACCCAACCGUCUAACUUUAACGCAUUUUUGCAAGAGAAUUAUUUGAAAUAUUUCGGCGAUUUGGGAGAUGUGCAACUGGCGUCGGACAUCUUAAGCUCGGCGCAGCUAUUUUUAGCGAACUGGAACGAACGUCACGAAAUUAUGUUGUACUCCUUGUGGGUGGGUGUUUUGGGUUUAAUGGUUCAUAAUAGGCACAAACUGUCGAGGUGGAAUCAAAUUAGAGGCCCUACGAAACUAAAAACAAUAACCAAUACUUCUGGAGAAAACUUCGAAAUGGGAGCGAUGGAUCAUUUUUAUUAUAAUAAAAUUACCAAUAGCGAUAAAUUCCAUGUUUUUAAACUGCGUAAUUAAUUCAAAUGUUACUGUUGAAAAUAAAAUGCUUUAGUCAUUAGUUCAAUAA